AUGGGAUUGUUGGAUAUUUUGAAAAAGAUGAAAAAUUCUCAAAAUAAAGAAUUGAGAAUUCUUUUGUUAGGUCUUGAUAAUGCUGGAAAAACAACAGUAUUAAAAAAAUUGGCAUCUGAAGAUGUUAGUCAUAUAACACCAACCCAAGGUUUUAAUGUAAAAUCAGUUGUCUCUGGUGACAUAAAGUUAAACGUAUGGGAUAUUGGUGGCCAACGUAAAAUUCGACCAUAUUGGAAGAAUUAUUUUGACAAUACAGAUGUUUUGAUUUAUGUUAUUGAUAGCAGUGAUCGUAAAAGGUUGGAAGAAACGGGACUGGAAUUAACAGAAAUUUUGGAAGAAGAUAAAUUAAAAGAUGUUCCAAUAUUAAUUUUUGCUAAUAAACAAGAUCUUAUAACAGCAGCAAAAGCUAGUGAAAUUGCAAGUUCUCUUCAGUUAACCUCAAUUCGUGAUAGACAAUGGCAAAUCCAACCAUGUUCAGCAUUAAGUGAAGAAGGUAUUAAGGAAGGUAUGGAAUGGAUUACAAAAACACUUAGAACAAAUUAUAAUAGAGGAAGGAAAUAA